UUUUUUUUUUUUGAGACAGAGUUUCGCUCUUGUAGCCCAGGCUGGGGUGCAAUGGCGCGAUCUCGGCUCACUGAAACCUCUGCUUCCCAGAUUCAAGGGAAUUACAGGCGCCCGCCACCACACCCAGCUAAUUGUUUGUAUUUUUAGUAGAGAAGGUGUUUCACUAUGUUGGCCAGGUUGGUCUUGAACUCGUGACCUCAGGUGAUCCACCCGCCUCAGCCUCCCAAAGUGUUGGGAUUACAGGCGUGAGCCACCGUGCCCGGCUAGCUUGGAGUCUUCUUCACUUCUCCCUUUUGUCUUACUUAUAUAUGGUCUAGCAGAUCGCAUUAGCUCUGUCUUCAAAACACAUCCAGAAUCCAACCACGCCUCACCAGCUCCUUUGCUACCACUCUGGCCUCAGUUUGUCUCCUGCUCUUACCUGGUUUGUUGCAGUGGGCUUCCAGGUGGGCUCUCUGCCUCUCACUGUUAGGGGGAUACUAGUAGAACAGAAGUCAGGUCAGGUUGCUCCUCCUUUUAAACCCUCUCCUGGCUCCCACGUUACACUGCAAAAGUCUUCACCAUAUCCACGAGGCCCCAACCUAUUGGGUUCCUCCUCCUCCCUCCCCUCAACUCCCAUCACUUCUCUCAGUCCCCUGGCUCACUCUGCUGCAGCCACCCUGGCCUCCUCGCUGUCCUUUGAACAUAGCGAACACAUUGCCAUCUCAGGGCCUUAGUACUCGCUGUCCCUGAACGCACUGCCACCUCAGGGCCUUUGUACUCGCUGUCCUGUCCUUCUGGAUCAGGUCUUUUCAGGUGUCUGUGUGGCUUCUUCCACACCUCUUUCAGGUCUCCACUCAGAUGUCAGUUUCACAACCAGGCACUUGCUAAAAUACUACUCAAGCUAAAAUAACUCCUGUCACUGUGUGGCCCCUCACUUGGCUUUAUUUUUCUUCAUAACACCACUACCUGAUAUAGAUUAUUAUUAUUUUUUUUUUUGAGAUGGACUCUUGCGGGUCACCCAGGCUGGAGUGCAGUGGCGCAAUCUCGGCUCACGGUAGCCUCCACCUCCUGAGUUCAAGUGAUUCUCCUGCCUCAGCCUCCCAACUAGCUGGGAUUACAGGUGUAUGCCAGCAUGCCCAGCUAAUUUUUACAUUUUUAGUAGAGACGGGGUUUUGCCGUGUUGGCCAGGGUGGUCUCAAACUCCUGACCUCAAGUGAUCCACCCACCUCAGCCUCCCAAAGUGCUGGGAUUACAGGCGUGAGCCACUGCGCUGGGCCUAUUAUUAUUUUUUGAGAUAGAGUCUCGCUCUGUCACCCAGGCUGGAGUGCAGUGGCAUCAUUUCUGCUCACUACAACCUACGCCUCCCAAGUUCAAGUGAUUCUCCUGUUUCAGCCUCCCAAGUAGCUGGAACUACAGGCAUAUGCCACCACGCCUGGCUAAUAUUUGUAAUUUUAGUAGAGAUGGGGUUUCACCAUCUUGGCCAGGCUGGUUUCGAACUCCUGACCUCAAGUGAUCUGCCCACCUCAGCCUCCCAAAGUGCUGGGAUUACAGGCGUGAGUCACUGUGCCCGGUCCUCACAUCAAUUAUUGUUGGUUUAUAUCCACUGGGCUUCUUGGACCUCCCCACUAGAGUGUUUGACUCCAUGUGAAUAUGGAACCCAGCACCUAGAAGAGCACAUGGUGUUUAAAAAGUGUUGCUUCUCCUAUACUGUCCUCACCACCCUUUGGGGUCUCCCUGUGGUAUGGGGCAGGGUUGCUGAACUAGGAGGGUCAUGUGUGGGGUGGUAGGGUCAGAGGUGGGGGAAUAAACUGGGCAGAUUGUGGCGCCCAAGGGCAGAAGGAACCUUUAGUGUCUGAAGGAACUUGGAGGAAAUGCAGAUUUCUGGGCCCACCCCCAGAGUUUCUGCUUGUGUAUAGUUGGGACCCGACCUAGGAAGCUGCAUUUUCAUAAGCACUUGUGGUAAGGAUUAUGUUCCUUGGCCAUCACUGUGAGAAACACUGUUAGGCUGGUUCAGAGUUUGCUGGGGCCACUGUGGUGAUUGAGACAGCUCCUGACCCAGCCUGGGAGUCAGGGAGGGCUUCCUGCAGGAGAGGGGAUUGGAGCUGAGACCUGGAGGAUGACAGGGAAUGAGCCAAGGGGAGAAAACCUUGGCUGUAUCCCCAGUGUCUAGAACCCCAUUCCCUGGCAUCUCCCGUUAAAUUCACAAGCAGUCCCUGAAGAUACAAGAUUGAUUAAAAUGGCUCUGCCCUCACGGGCUCCUGGUCUGUCAAAUAAUCAACAGAUCACACAGAUGGUAACAGGGAGUGCCAGCCACUGUUUGAAGCACCUUAUAUACAUUAAAUAAUUUAGUUCAACAACAACCCUAUAAGGUAGGAGCUCUUAUUAUCCCGCUUUACUGAUGGGGGAAGGCCCAGAGAGGGCAAGUACUUUGCCCAAGGACACACCAAGGAGAAAGGCAGCUGGAAUCUGAACCCAGAAGUACCCAGCCUGCAGCAUGUGCCAUGCUUAAGGUGUGAGGCCGCAUUUGGGUUAGUUCUGGGAGGAAACAGGAGGUGGUCAGGGAAGGUCAGCUGGGUAAGGGGAAGGAAGACGAAUGUUUCUGUCUUUCAUGGUGGGAUCCUAGACAAGCCUCAGUUUCAUCCUCUGUAUAAUGGGGAUGGUUAUAAUACCCACCAGAGAGCAGAAUUUAGGGUGAGUCAUUCAUUGGGUUAAUAAGUGCGCAUGUUCCUUAUCUAAGGCAAAAGUUUGCCUUUGAGAGACAGUGGGAGAGGGAGUCGAUGCCCCAGGGGGAACUGGGGUGCCGCAGUGUGCACUGUAGAGAUUUCAUUGCUUGGUUUCCCAGAGGGCUUCUCUGUCUCUACAGUCUGUGGGGACAAUGUGGAAGGCUUUGGUCUGUAUUCUGGGGCAGUGAAGUGGGGGUUCUAUCCAGCCUCAAUUCACCCACGUGGUGGGGAGGUGAGGUCAGAAUGGGGUCGGGAAGGGGGUCAUCCAGGCCAGGCCACGCGUGUGAAUGUGGGGCGGAGGGCUGCUGCAGGAGAGAGCCCAGCUAGGGUAUGGCUGGGCUGGAAUAUGUGUUGGCGGUGGUGGGGAGCUGCAGAGUGUGGGGAAACAGCCAUCAGGUGCGGGCUGCCAAGGGCAGUGAUUUGCCCGUGUCUGGUAUGGGAGGUAGUGAUGUAGAUUUGUCUUUGGUGAGCCCAGCGUGGAGAGUUUUCAGCUCCGGCCCCGGGGUAAGAGCUGUGAAAUCUGUGAGCUAUCUGGGGAGAGCCAUUUGGAAGGUGGAGCCAGGGGUGGUGACGUAACGCUGGAAAGGAAAGGGGUCAUCCUAGUGAAUGAUGAGAGGGAGAGAGCUGGGGGCUGAAACACUGGGUGUAAGUGUGCCAGCGCCAUGAUGUCAUGAGGCCCGAGAACUGGGUCAGGUGUGUGGGCCAGGACGGGGCCUGGAGGGCAGCCGCACAGUGCUCGCAGGGAUGGGGUGGUGACGUCAUGGGUUGGUGAAGGCGGGGCCUCGAAGGCACCGCUGGGAUGCGUGAGGUCAGGAAGGAGGCAGAGGCUGAGAAGAGGAACUGGGAGAGGCUCAGGACUGGAAUGAAGUCAGCCACCAGGAUGAGCCACUGGUCAUUCCGAAGCAAGGAUGGAGGAUGCAGGUUUCUCUCUCAUCUCCUUCUCCAGCAACCUUGGCCAUGGACCAGCCGGCUGGCCUGCAGGUGGACUACGUCUUCCGGGGUGUGGAGCAUGCCGUGCGGGUGAUGGUUUCUGGGCAGGUGCUGGAGCUGGAGGUGGAGGACCGGAUGACGGCUGACCAGUGGCGGGGCGAGUUCGAUGCUGGCUUCAUUGAAGAUUUGACUCACAAGACAGGGAACUUCAAACAGUUCAACAUCUUCUGUCAUAUGCUGGAGUCAGCCCUCACUCAGAGUAGUGAGUCAGUCACCCUGGACCUGCUGACCUACACAGACCUGGAGUCCCUGAGGAACCACAAGAUGGGGGGCCGCCCAGGCUCCUUGGCCCCCAGGUCGGCCCAGCUCAACUCCAAGCGCUACCUGAUCCUCAUCUACUCCGUGGAGUUUGACAGGAUUCACUACCCGCUGCCCCUCCCGUACCAGGGCAAGCCAGACCCCGUGGUUCUGCAGGGCAUCAUCCGGUCACUGAAGGAGGAACUGGGCCGCCUGCAAGGGCUGGAUGGCCAGAACACUCGGGACACCCGGGAGAAUGAGAUCUGGCACCUGCGGGAGCAGGUGUCGCGCCUGGCGUCCGAGAAGCGGGAGCUGGAGGCGCAGCUGGGCCGAUCGCGCGAGGAGGCGCUGGCCGGGCGCGCGGCGCGCCAGGAGGCCGAGGCGCUGCGCGGGCUGGUGCGCGGGCUGGAGCUGGAGCUGCGGCAGGAGCGCGGCCUCGGGCACAGGGUGGCCGGCCGUCGCGGCCAGGACUGCCGCCGUCUGGCCAAGGAGCUCGAGGAGGCGAAGGCAUCGGAGCGGAGCCUGCGCGCCCGGCUGAAGACGCUGACCAGCGAGCUGGCAUUGUACAAGAGGGGGAGGCGGACUCCGCCGGUGCAGCCGCCCCCGACGCGGGAGGACCGGGCCUCAUCGUCCCGGGAGCGCUCCACGUCGCGAGGCCGCGGCGCCGCGCGCUCCUCAUCCCGGGAGAGCGGCCGCGGGAGCCGGGGUCGGGGUCGGGGCCGCCCUGCGCGCCCCUCGCCCUCGCCCACAGGUGGUCGCGCGCUCCGCUUCGACCCCACGGCCUUUGUGAAAGCCAAGGAAAGGAAGCAGAGAGAGAUCCAGAUGAAGCAGCAGCAGCGGAACCGCUUAGGCAGUGGGGGAAGCGGGGACGGUCCGUCCGUCUCCUGGUCUCGCCAGACCCGGCCCCCUGCUGCCUUGACUGGCCGAGGGGACGCCCCUAACCGCUCCCGAAACCGCAGCUCCUCAGUGGACAGUUUCCGCAGCCGCUGCUCGUCUGCCAGCUCCUGCAGCGAUUUGGAGGAUUUCUCUGAGUCGCUCUCCAGAGGGGGUCACCGCCGCCGUGGGAAGCCUCCCAGCCCAACGCCCUGGAGUGGGUCCAAUAUGAAGUCUGCCCCCGUGGAACGCAGCCACCAUCAGAAAUCUCUGGCCAACUCCGGGGGCUGGGUCCCCAUCAAAGAGUACAGCUCGGACCACCAGGUGGCUGACAUGGCCGAAAUAGACGCACGCCUGAAGGCCUUGCAGGAGUACAUGAACCGACUGGACAUGCGGUCAUAACGUGGAGAAGGGGUACUGCCCCUCCAUCCCCCACCCACUUGCUGGGUACGGUGUGGGGGGUGGGGCCAGGGUGGCCUCCAGCCCUCAGUCCCUGCCCUGGCCCCAUCCCUCCUGCUGCCCCUGGGGUCUCAGGUGUGUGAGGCCCUGACCCUGCCCUCUCCCCAGGCAGUGCAUGCUGGGAGGGAGGAUGUGUGCAUUUUGUAAAUAAACGUAUUUGCCCUGGGGA